GGUUUUGUGGCGCACGGUGUAAUAACAGGAAGUACCACAUGGGCACACGCGUGCUGAAGGGAAGUAAAUAUAUAAAGGGAGUGAAUUAUAGAUAUUUGAUCCGUUCUCAUAUAAUGGAGCUCAUUUACAUUUACAUGGAUUAAUAGUGAGAGUUGUGUUAGUGAUAGAAAAAUGAUGAUCAGGGUGGCAACUGUUUAAUGAGUCACUAGUUUUUGCUGAAAGUGUGCUCAUGUCUCAGCCUGUAGUAUUACAGUUGCAUCAAGAACUCAGAAAAUGCUUUCAGAGUUUGAAGGCCAAUCAGAUGGUCUGGAAGGGAGUGCUUGAGGAAUGCACACCUUUAGUCAGUUCCUUGGGAAACCUGGCAGAACAGCUGAGGGCGCUGAAGAGUGUUGAAAUAGCAAACACUCCUCUCAGUACUUUUCCAAACCUGCCAGAGCGCCUUCAGUACAAACUCCUCAAUGCUGUGGACACAGUCCUGGGGGAGUUAAGUGACAAAGUGGAUGCUCUUGGCUUAGUGCGAGAUUCCGUCUGUAAGCAGGUGUCUGCUGUUUUCCAGAUGUAUGAAAAAAACUCAGAUUUCCUUCCCAUCAGCACAUGUGUGGCCAGAUGUGCUCUCUCGCCAUCUAUCGCUGACAUGCUGGAGUGGCUACAGGACACGGAACGCUACUAUCGGAUCCAAUAUAUCCAGAGGAAGAACCUGUUACAGCUGCUGAAGCCUGAUGAUCUUACGCUUAUAGAGACAGCACCAAAGAGAUGGACAUCUUUAGAUUCACCUACAGAAGAGGAAAGAAUUACAGAUGCGCUCCUUCAAGUGUCCUUCUUCAUGGAAUCUGAUUAAGCAAUGCCUUGAUCUGGGGAUUUCUCCUCAUCUUAUGUCAUGUAUAUAAUGUCCUGAUUGGAAGAAAUAUAUUCCAGUGUCACUCGGAGCUAUAAUUACCAGGCGGAAACUCCGUAACCCAAGUUGUGACGCAUAAUGUCUGGUCCUUAUCCUCUCAUAUUACAACCGCUGCAUGAACUCGCUUUUGGUAGUUUAAAGGAAUGCAAUCAUAGUUUCUUCCUGUGAAGAAUUCCCAACAGGAGCAUCACAGCAUCCUCAAUCUGUUCUGUUUUUAUGGACUUACACAAGAUCCCUGAUCUUUUUUUUUUUCAUGGAUUUCUACAGCUGUAGUGAUUUUAAUAAACGACAUGUUUGGCUCCAUGCUGCACACAUCUGAAAGGAUAGUAAAAUGAUUUCACAUUUUUGAAUCUCA